AUGCAGCAACAGCCCCCGCAGCGUCUCCUUCUGGAUAUCUCAAAAAUUCCGAAGCUUGACAUCAAGCAAGCGGGCCAUUUGCGCCACUUCCAUAAUCUUGCCUGGCAGAUAGACGGUGAAUGGCGUCAUAUGGGGACGCAGGAGCCAGCCCAGGAGUUCCUAGAUGCGUACAGGUACCAAAUAUCAUCCAUGGCUUAUGGUGCCGGUGUGGCGCACUUUCAUCGACUCCCAGCGUUACGAAGCGUCUUCAAGCCUCUUCUGCGUCGUUUGAUACACAAAAUGCUCCGGCGCGAGGUGUGGGGUUACUGGUUCAACACCAGUCUUUCCGGGAAUAGAACCGAUCCCGGUCGAAAGGAGCUGAGGAAACCCUGGGCGGAUCCUGUCGUGCGUGAAAACAUCAUGUACAGUGGACAUGUGCUGCUGAUGACGAGCCUAUAUGCCAUGCUGUUUGACGAUGAUGAAUUUGAGAAGGCUCAGUCUCUGAUGUUCCGUUGGGACCCACUAUUCUUCGGGCUCGGUCCAGAGGUAUUUUCGUACGACAAUCGAAGCUUACAGGCGGCGAUACUGGCAGAAAUGGAGAAGAACCACUGGAUUGGGGUCUGUUGCGAGCCCAACCUGGUUUUCGUUGUGUGCAAUCAGUUUCCGAGACGGCACGAAUGUGGUUGA